AUGGCUACAACUCUUAGGUUCAUCUUUCUCUUCACUUUCACUCUCAUACUUGCUCAUUUCUCCCCUACCAAUGGAAUAUUCUCCGAACACUCCAACAUCAUGUUACCAACAAAUCAACAAAACACAGAAAAAACAACCCAUUUGCACUUCUUUUACCAUGAAAACUUAGAAGGAAAAAAUCCAACAGUUAUAAAAAUCAUAGAUCCAUCAACUCCCUCACCAAAUGGAUUUGGAACAACUUUCAUGAUGGACAACCUCUUAACUGAAAAACAAGAGAUAACCUCAAAACCUGUUGGUAGAGCUCAAGGAAUAUUCGGUUUGGCAUCGUUGCAAGAUCGCGGGUUGGUAAUGUUAAUUAAUCUUGUUUUUAUCGAAGGUGGAUUUGCUGGUAGUACUCUUAGUUUGCUUGGAAGGAAUCCUGUUCAGGAUACUGUUAGAGAAAUGCCUAUUGUUGGUGGCACUGGUGUGUUUAGGUUUGCUAGAGGUUAUGCUGUUGUGAAGAGUCUUUAUGAGAUUUCAACAUCUGAAAAUUUUGUUGUUGAGUAUAAUGUCACUAUUUCUCAUCCAUAG